CGCCGUAGCGAGUUGCACACCACCCGGUGCCCUGGUGGUGCGCUGCUGAAUGCGGUGGCAAGAUGUGGCUCGAGAAGCUUGUGCUGGUGUACCUGCUGACACUGUUCAACUCGCUGGAUGGAUACUUUCUGGAUAAUCAUCACCUGCAGAGUAAUGGACGCCAUCGGCGAAAAGAUUCCAACGAAGCGAAGGCAGCGCACAGAAACUCAUUAGGUCCAUUACAAAGUCAAUUUAUUACUAAGAAUAACACUAGAGUAAUUAGCCAACGAGGAGGCCUAGCGGUGCUGCCCUGCAGCGUCACCAUGACAACACCAGCCACUGUGUCCUGGUUCCGGCGGAAAGACUACCAGCUGCUGACGGUCGGCCUGUCGACGUACAGUAGCGACGACCGGUUCCUGGUCGAGCAUACGCGCCACCUCGGCAACUGGGCGCUGCGGAUAAAGAACGCCCGCAAGGAGGACGAAGGACUGUACGAGUGCCAAAUUUCCACCCAUCCACCCCAGUCGAUAUUCAUCGAGCUUAGGAUCGUCGAGGCGGUCGCAGAAAUUCUCGAAGCGCCCGAUUUGCAUAUAGACGAAGGAUCGACGCUGCGACUGGAAUGCAAACUGAAACGUGCCACCGAAAGUCCGUUGUACGUCUUUUGGUACCACGAGGAUCGGAUGGUGAACUACGAUCAGGAGGAUGGUGUGUCCGUGUCGAACAACAAGCUCACCUCCAGCAUCCUGACGGUGCGGAAUGCGACGGCCCGGCACGGUGGCAACUACACCUGUGCUCCCGCGAACGCGCGCCAAUCGAGUGUUUACGUGCACGUGCUGAAAGGUGAAAAGCCAGCCGCAAUGCAACAUCCCAACAAAAACCCAACAGCAACAUCCGGUGCGCGGGCGCUCCCCUCGCUGGCCGCAUAUCGGUGUGGUUGGCUCCGGCCGGUUCGCUCCUGGUGUCCCCUGCUCGCGGUUAGCCUGCUGCCCGCCACCGUCAGUCUCGUGACGACGGUGCUGCUGACGAUGGUGGGCCGAUUAGCGGGGGGCACGGGCCCGUGGCCGGGUGCAGCCAGACCCGCACCCAAACCAUACGACGACGACGGCCGCCGGCCAUCCGAGCCUUACCUUCCCGUCGCAUCCCGGCGCCGGCAGUGCCACCGCACCGCGCUGCUCACGCUCUGUAUACUAACCGCACUUCUGCUCUCCGUUCAGACUAUCUUCAGCAAAAGUAUUAAACUGUUCGAUGUAGUUUAAAAGCAAACCGCUCCCCGAUUCCCGUCUCGUCGGCAAUUUGGGACGUUCCAGCCAUGCAGAGUGUGGUGAGUGUGGAAAAGCGAACGCCCCAACGACGGGGGAAAAACACACAUACGUAUAAAUAUUUUGUACAGGUUUUCUAGCAUUAAAAUGUUUAGGGUUAAUCUUUACGGGCAAUUGAGAGGACAAUGCGCGUGUGUGUGUGUGUGUGUUGGUUGUUUGGCCAAACAGAACAGAAAGUACAACACAGCUAAACGCAGAGAGAGAGAGAGAGAGAGAGAGAGAGAGAGAGAGAGGAGGGGGCAAGAUAGUAUGUGGCGCUGGGUACAAAAUGGGGACAGUUGUAGAGGAAUUGUUUGCAAAGCAAAUAAGACCCACAGUCGGGACAGCUCGACCAGACCGGACAGCCGUACCUUGGGUGGACUUCGACUAGGAAGACUGCAAGGGUUGCAGUUUCAGUUCGUAUGCAAUGGUUCUUAAGCUUAAAUUGUUAUCUUUUGGAUUUCGGUAUGUUCUGGGGUUGCAGUGUUCGUGUUGUAUCUGCACCGGUGACCCUGCCCAUUCGGUUUACGCAGUGGUUUUAAGUAAGCAAUCUUCCGGUCACUGCAACGCCUGCACAAGCACUAGGAUCGUCUCCGGGCAGAUUCUCUGCAUAAAAUCAAUUCACACUUCCCUCAGAGCGCACCGCACCCGGUUGGAUCAUUAGUUAGACAAACACCCGAUACCGAUUUUCCGAUUCCAAAUCAAUCACUACUGAGGGCAGUGAUUGUUCUCCCUUCUUGCUGCAGAUAAUCCAGCCACAAUCGCAACGCACCGGCGAUUGUGGUGAUGGCGAAGGGAUUGGGAUGUAACAGAACUUGUCGAACUUUUUGCCCACAGACGCAAACGCCCUCGUGAGAGUAAUCCAAGACUCAAGCAGCACAGAUUUAAGGGGGUGCAAAACUUCACCAUCAUCAUGUUCAUCUACAUCAUCAUUGCCGUCUCCGACUGCUGGUGGAUAAAAGUAUUUACGAUGAAAUAUUGAUUAAACAAACGAAAUUUCGUUCCAUUUCACGUCCGGGAAGGACGAAGGGGGGAGAUCGGAGGACCCUUCCAAUCACUUCGGUGGGUUGAAGAGAUUUCAUUUUACAUCUCGUACCGGUUAACCACAAACGUACCGAGAUGUUGAGGAGUUUUCUGUGUGUGUGUGUGCAUCUGUGUGCGCUGCUUUUUAUCCCCUUUUCGCUUUUCGCUGCUGUACUGGAGAGUUGUUGAGCAGCAUUUGAAGGAAGAGAUGAAGAACUUUCCCCGUAGCAAAACUUGUGGCAGAUUGUGGAAUGUUUUUUCCUCUUCGUCUGAUGUUUGUAAUCCGAUCCGAGUUUCGAUUCCAACCGUCUCUACUGUUACGGACAGGCUCAAGGAGCUGUUGCGAUGGAAUCAUUAAGCAGCAGUUGGUGAAAUUGGUGGAAAAGAAUGUGAUUUUUCCCCCUUUUCAAGAUGAUGAUGGUGAGCAUGGUGAUUUUCCAUCGCUUCACUCAAUUGUGAGGGAACAUUUUUUGCUUGAAUUGUAUUCUCAUAAAACAUAUAUUCCAUUUGAAAUGCAAUGAACUGUGCUUCUUUUGUUCAAAAGCAGGGUGUAAUCUUUUGCUGAAUUUCCAUUUCUAAAAGAUGGCGCCCGGCUGCACAACCAUCUCAUCCGUUCGAUAGAUGACUAAUGGGAGAAAAGCUGUAAACCACGAAAGGAUUAAAAGGAGGUUCGAAGAAAUAAAAGGAAAGCAAUAUAAAACUUUCACGAAAGCUUCUCUUCUAUCGCUCCUCUAACCAGGGAUGAAUCGAGCGAGUAUUUGAUGAUCAUGCACUGGAUAUUCUUUUCCUACCACCACACUCAUUGCUACCCGUUGGCACUAUAAUGAGCCAGCGUUGAGGACGUUUGCAACUAAUCAUGAAUAAAGUACAUUUAUCUGCGCCAACCCUCCCAGGCCCCGGCCCAAUUGCCGGCAAUCGGAAGCUCAUCGGGAUCCGGUUCCAUGCAAUUGAAGAAGCAAUACCAGGAGGAAAAAGUUACGCUUCUCCAGCUCCAACGUUUCACCGUGAGCUGAGCUUUUCAUUUCCCGCGUUGCGGCUCGAGGAGGGAGUUUUCGCACUGCGCCACCCCGGGCGCUGAAUCAUUGAUGGUAUUUGCAUAAGCGAUUAAAAAUGCAAAUUAUAGUUAUUUUAUCUCGAACUAUCGUGGCCACUGCUUAACCAUGGGGCACGGGGCCGCGAAUGAAGUGGCAAAUCUCGAGUCGAGAUCAGCCGGUGGAUUCAUGGUUCGGUGCAUUGCAAUUGCAAACUCGGCCGGAGCACUUUAUCUGGCACGUGCACGAGCUUGAGCGGGCACAGGUGCUGUGCGCUGAAGGUUAGAGCGAAAGGAAGAGGGAUAGAGAGAGAGACACACGGUGAAAACUUUCUAAUCCUAAUGAGGGUUUCGGCAUCGGAUGGAAAGUGCUGCUGGUGCCAUAAUGGUAGUGUCACAUUGAGUUGCCGCCAGUGAUUAGCUUACUUUAAUCGCCAACGGUCCUGGUUUCAUGCUCCACAUAAUAGCAGAAAAGCUGUGUUGCAUUCUAAUGUGGGGAGGAAAACAAAGUCAAUGCUUCAUAUAGAUCACGCUCAUACCGCUUAGCUUCAGUUUUCGUUUGAACUGCUAUUUAUUUCAAGUUUAAUUUAAACUUGUUUGUACUUUAAUACGUCUACGAGCAAUGAUUGCACGGUAUUUGCAUACCUUUAG